AGAGUAGGUAAUUUUUUUAUUUGUUUUAUUUAUCAAACCAUGCACCAACAAAAUUUUGGGUUUUUUACAAUUCUAGCCUUGUUGUACAGUUCAGCAAAUACUCAAGACGUUAAAAACGAAACUGCAGGCAACACUGUAGGUAGAAAUCAGACUAAUACCAAUGACUACCCAAUAUUUCGUAUCCGGGACGGAAUACCGGCCAAAUCUGAAGAAGUUCCAUAUCAGGUAUCGUUCAAAGAUGGAAUCAACUUCAGAAGUAAACCACCUAGUUUGUACGGAAUUAACUUUUGCGGAGGCACCCUCGUGCAACCACAGAAGAUACUGUCGGCAGCGCAUUGCUUCUUCACAGAUGAAAAUGGCAAAAACAAGCCCAAAGACUUGAAUCACAUCGUGGCAGCUAUGGGCAAUGUCCAAAACGCGGCGUACUACUCCAGUGAGGACAGCCUACUGGCUGGUCAGUGGAGGCGGCUGAUAAACGCCAGCGUGCCCAGCAAUUAUAAGUUCCCUAGGAAUGAUAUUGCUGUCGUGUUUGCGUUAUCGCCGUUUGUGCUGAACUCCCGUGUGGCUACGAUACCGUAUGCUCGGAGGCACUCGGACCACUAUCAACACAGAUGCAUCAUAUCUGGGUACGGCAGAAUAAAUGAAUAUACAAGGUCUGCCAUUCUCUUGAUGGCAGCAGUAGACCUGCUGAGCACUAUGAUGUGCAAGUACCGCUCGCGGUCCUACACAACCUCCAUGAUCUGUGCCGAUCGGAAUCAAGCCGAAAUACUGGUGGGUGACUCAGGAGGGCCGCUAGUCUGCCGAGGCACGGGUGAGCCAGCGGAGGGUGGGCGGGGCAUCCUGGUCGGAAUAGCCUCAGGGGGUGAGAGGACCCCGGACGGAGUCUCGUUCUACACCCGGAUAUCCUCCUACAGAGACUUCAUCGAGAGUAAAGACGGCGCCAGGGUUUAUAUGUAUUCGAGUAAAAAUUAUCAGAGUCGUGUUUGCUGGUCGUCUUUUGUUGUGGUUUGGGGUGUUUUACUUUCGUUGGGAAUAUAGGUUUUUGGGCUGAUAAA